GAGACUCGCUAAAUUUCAAAUACAGUUUCCAAACAGUGUAAUUGGAUUCAAUAAUUAAACCAGGAUAAUUAAUCAAUUUAUUGACAUGUUACAAUAUUAUUUCCCAUCCUAGGACAAGAUAAUAUCUGUAUGUCGAAUUUCAGAGUUGAAAUAAAUUAAGGAUUUUGUCAUCGUAGUUGACAAAAAGCACAGCUAUAGCGCUAUAGUGAUUCAGCUCCUGCGCAUUGAGUUGAAUUUUUCUCGAGGUAGAGAGCAACGGACAAUUAUCUAGAAACAGCUGUUUUUCUUUAAAUCUGUGUUUGUCUGCUUUUCUGAAUUGAAAUUGAAAACAAAUCUAUAAAAAUUCGCAUCAGAAACUCUUUAUUUAAAGUUUAUUGUUUUGAAAAUUAAUUCAUAGUUUCUAGCUUAUAAUUAAAUAUAUAUAUAGCUUAUAAUUAUUAAGUUUGAAAAGAUUGAAUAAGUUUAAUCACAGGAAUGAGUAAGCUCACCGGCCAAUUCCGUCACUCACAAUGGGAUCCUAUACUAAUCAUCUCGCAAAUUGUCGCAAUGCAGAGUGUCUAUUAUGUGACCUUGGGACUCUGGAUUGCAGCCGUAAAUCUCCUUGUGGGCACUUCAAGGUCAUUGGAUCAUCUUUUCAAAUAUCAGGAAAUUCAUGUUAGAGACAUUCCCGGAAAACUGAUAAUUGCUUCUUACGUCCUGAACUCUUUAACGGGUGCCUGCAGCCUCUGGUGGUUGGUGCAGAGAACCAAGCAAUGCCUUGACUUCAGCUGCACUCUGCACCUUUUCCAUUUGCUUGCCUGCUGGUAUUACAACGGCCACUUUCCGGCCUCACUGUCCUGGUGGCUUCUAAACUCGGCCUGUCUGGCAAUUAUGUGUAUAUGUGGUGAAUUCCUCUGUAUGCGAACUGAACUCAAAGCUAUUCCGCUAAAUAUGGCGCCCAGAACUGAUCUGUGACUUUAUUGUAGGUUGAAUUUGUAUUUAUAAUUUAUAUCUAUUGAAAUUAUAUGUUGACUUUAUUUUACUAGUA